CUGGUGCUCGCCUUGUUGAAAAGCUUCGAGGAAUUCAAAAUCGCCCAAAUCCCCCGGGCAGAAAAUGCAGAUGCAGACCUUCUCUCCAAACUAACGCAGUAUGCCCCCGAGCAUGUUUCAAAACUUGCCCGGGUGGAAAUCUUGGACCGUGCCAGCAUCGAGAAACUCGAAGUAGCUGUCAUAACAGGGGAAGCCCAAUCUGACCGGUCAAACUUGGUCGGGGCGGAUGAUCACUGGAUGUAUGAUCUGAUGGAGUAUCUGAUGAACGGGACCUUGCCGGAACAAGAUGACCGGGCAAGAAAAGUGAAGCUCAGGGCACCACGGUUCCAGGUCCUGGAUGGGAAGCUGUACAAAAGGGCAUUCGGAGGACCACUCCUGAGGUGCCUCACCAACCGGGAAGCUGAGCGAGUCAUAGUAGAAGUGCAUGAAGGG